AUGCGCUUACUACUUCUCCUUCCCUGUGUCUUCCUCUACCUCAUUGGAGUGAUUCAAGCUGCACCUGGUACUGCAACUAAUACAACUAAUACCAUCAUUAACGACAGUUUUAAAACCUCAUCAUUCACGACCAGAACCAUAUGGUCCAUCGUCUCCAGCUCCGUUCUCACUCUUUUUGCAUGCAUAUACAGUGCCAUCCACCCUAAUAUUCCGAGCCCUAAGGACAGUCCUAAUCGUAUUCUGCUGCGGCGACUUGGCAUCAUGAUAAUGGCACUGAUCGCUCCUGAACUAAUUGUGACAUGGGCUAUGCGUCAAUGGCUCAGCGCUCGCCUUGUUACAAGGCAGUUCAAGGAAUCGGGGUAUCCCAAUGUUCACCCAGACUGGAAGCCUGAAGAUUAUACAUGGACUCAAACGCACAGCUUCUUUGUGCUCAUGGGUGGUUUCAUGCUUUAUGUGGACGAGAAACCCUACCUUACACUACGUCAUGAUUACAUUCUCAAAUUGAUACAUGACAAGUGUAUCGAUGCCCCUACCCUAACGGCAAACCAGAUCUAUGACAAGAGCAAAGGCAACGCGAUAUCGAAGGGAUUGGUCAUGCUUCAGGUGGCCUGGUUUGUUAUGCAGCUCAUCACCCGCGCCAUAUAUCACCUCGAAACCACCCAGCUCGAAGUUGGGACGCUCGCUUUUGCGGUUCUCAAUUUCAUAACUUACGCCGUGUGGUGGGACAAGCCUCUCAAUGUGCAAUAUCCACAUCCAGUGUACUGGAAGUCGACCGAUUCAAGGCCAGAUAAUCACAUUAAGUAG